UGGUGGGGGGCGGAUAAGAAAAAGGAGGGUGUGCUCGUGGAACCGUUAGUGGAUGUGGGGAAGGAUGGUGAUGGGGCUGGUGGGAUGUCUCCACCUGCAGCUGUGAAUGUGGCGACUCCCAUGCUCUCUACGGAACCGCCACAGGCACGGGCAGCAACGCCCAAACGCCCACAGAAAGCAGCAGCGCGGACCAACACCGCUUUACAGAUGUGGCUGGCCCACGGAACUGUGGGUGUCACCGACCCCGACAACAACUCUCCUAACAAUUCCAACGUCAGCAGCCCUCCACCACCAACGACUCGGCCCACAGACAGCUGGCGCGACUCCGCAGCCCUCCCUUCCACCUCCGUCUACCCAGACCUCGCACACCCCGCGUAUCCACCCACACCCAUCCCCUCCGUCGUCCCCUUAACACCGACCCUCACAUCCUCAUACACGGACGCACCCUCUCCCCUACACACCCAACCCACACGACUCCCCGGCUGGGACACGACCAACCGCAGCUACACCUCAAGCCACUGGUCGGAAAUCUCGUUGUCGGCGGGGCAGGACGUGCUUGUGUGGGCCGUGUUGAGUGACGGUUGGUGUGUCGGCGCGGCGCCCACUCACAGCGGAACCUCACCACCCAACACAGCGGGCCUCUUCCCAACCUCCCACCUCUCCACCCCGUACGCGUUCGCAUCACGGGGCAGGGAGGUGUAUCUCAAUACGACCCGCGCGGCGUUUCUGAGCGGGCCGGGUGUUAUGGCUGGGUUGAACUGUGCUGCUCCGGGGACAGAGGCUGCGAAACGAGACUUUUUCCUGCGCGCGCUGGCGAGUGGGUUGGUGAAGACCUCUGAACGCGGAGUGUGGAUCGAGGCGUUGGAGAUGUGUUCCAGGUCUACGGGUUUGCGGGAUGGUGAUGGGGUGGGGAAGACAUUAUCCCCCCCGCUACGGAGCGCAAAACGGAACCCGUUUCAUAUUCCCUUCGCUGCUCCUCCCACCAGUAACACGACGACGACAAUGACAUCGAAAUCGGCCUACCCGCCACCCUCGGCAACCAACCCCCACGUACACCCACCCGGCGCCGGCGCAGGCCCCUUUCGCUCCGGCCUCGCAUCCAACCGUUCGACGGGCAGUACCGCCACGGGCACAAACACGAGUGACAGCAACCGGACGUCGCAUUCCGCGUUGUAUCGCCCGAGUGGAGGUGGGGCAGGGAUGGUGGGCACGGGCGGCAAGACGAUCGGGCAAAAGAUCAUGCACCGGAUCCGGGCGAGUGCGGAGACGCCGAGGGGGAGUUUUAGUAUUCCGAAGGAUCAGUGGUGAUUUUUGGUUUUAUCCGAUUGUGGCAAUAUUUGUGAUGAGUAUUUUGGAUUGUAAUGACGGUUCAUGUGUGUGCGGCGAGGCGCACGAAGGGUGCAUAUGGGUUGUGAAGGACACUGUACAGUACAUUUCUUUGUGUUUGAUAGAUAGAGACGGCCGGGUUUCAAUGUGAUGGGUUUGUACAAUAUGCGUUUAUAUGACAUGUGAAUGUAAGCAAUCUUAUGCAAUGCUAAU